AUGGACAGAAGGUACAAAGAGUAUGACCCUUUCAUAAUGUCACAUAUCGUUAAACAAGUUUAUUAUGUUCCGUACCCUUCAAUUCAGUCACGUAAACGUGGAUGGUGUGUUGUAAUCAAAACAAAACCAUUGGGUCAUAUUGAAACUGACGAUCUAGUGGAAGAUGUUGCUUACCAAGACGAUGAAAUUUCUCAAAUUAAUGAUGUGGUUGAAGUUGAAGAAAUUACAAAUUUGUGUGAUACAUUGGCCGAGGGUCAUCAAAUUGAUGCAUAUGUGUUGUUGGUAGAUAAUAAUGUGGACGAAGAGCAUGAAGAGCUGAGGACAUUAUUAGAUCAGAUGAUGAAAAUAAUAUGGAUGAAGAGCAUGAAGAGUUUGAAUAGAUAG